AUGGUGGAGCCACUGGGCUUUGGGGAGGCGUGGAGGGCCCAGUUCCCAGAGUCUGACCCCCCGAGAAUGGACCUGAACUCGUUGGGGGACAUUGAACAGGAGCUGGACAAAUGCAAGUCCUCCAUCCGGCACUUGGAGAAAGAGGUCAACAAGGAGCGUUUUCGGAUGAUCUACCUGCAGACUCUCCUGGCUAAGGAGAGGAAAUCCUAUGACGGCCAGAGGUGGGGCUUUAAAAAGAUGCCUCAGAUGAAUGACGGUCCGCCCGGCGGGGCAGAAGACAGGAGGCCCCUCAGUGAUGAGGCGCAGGCGGGCGAGCAGGAGCAGAGGGGCCCGAAGACCCCAAGGGAUACGGGGCAUCCAGAGGAAGUGAUGGAGGGGUUGUCCCCGGCCAAGCAGAGAGAAAGGGUGUCACCUGUCCGCCACGACUCGGAGCCUCCUGACAUCCCGGUGGGGACCGGGUCCGUGGCAGCCCUCAGGUCCAACUUCGAGCGCAUCAGGAGGGCCCACUCUCACACGGCGGGGGACAGCAGGGGCCCGUCGGCGGCGGGGAGCCAGGAGAAGCCCUUCUACGUGAACAUGGAGUACCACCAAGAGCGAGGGCUGGUCAGGGUGAACGACAAGGAGGUCUCGGAUAAGAUCAGCACCCUGGGCUGCCAGGCCAUGCAGAUGGAGCGCAAGAGGUCCCUGCACUCCCUGCCGGGCAAUCUGUCGGCCGCCGCGGGGGACGCGGCCAAGCCCGUCCACAGGGGCAGGGCCACCGUGGGGAGCUGCAGCUUCGCCGGGUCUCCCGAUGACCCCGAGGUCGGCCCCCACUUCCUGAGAGAGGGUGCCGUCAGGCCCGCCGAGGGGAGGUCGGAGAGGCAGCCGGCGGAGUGCCAGCCGUACACCAGCGUGUACGUGGGAGGGAUGAUGGGGGACGGGGACACCCGGGUGAUCCACAUCAGGGACCGCAGCGUGGAGGAGGACCCUCACCUCACUUGGCCGAGGCGCUCCUACUCGCCCGGGAGCUUCGAGGACGUCGGGGGCGGCUACACGCCCGACUGCAGCUCCAACGAGAACCUGACGUCCAGCGAGGAGGACUUCUCCUCGGGCCAGUCCAGCCACGUGUCUCCCAGCCCGACUGCCUGCCCCAUGUUCAGGGAGAAGAGCCGCUCCCCCUCCCAGCACUCCCAGCUGUCCGUCGACAGCGGCAGCCCCCCCACGCCUCUGCCACAGAAAUGUGGGAAGCAGCAGGGCGUCCCCUCUGUGGCCGGGGUGCGUAAAAGGGGCCAGAUGUGGCCCAGCGACGGGGAGUCCACCACGUCCAGCAGGACCUCCCACGACAACAGUGUCCAGGGAGAUCUGGACGCUCCCUACAUGGAAAACCCUCCGUCAUAUGGCUAUGACCUGGAGCCUUCCGAGGAGCACCAGCCUCGCCUCCACGAGCCUCUGUCCUUCAGCGGGUCUCCUUCCUCCUCGCCGCGCCUCCGCUCCAGGAACCGGAACAGCCGCGACACGCAGUCCUCCGGUUCCCUGGAGUCUACGCAGUCGGUGGAGCUGGAGCAGGAAAAGGGGCAGGAGAUGAGGAAGUGGGUUCUGUCUGGGAUCCUGGCCAGUGAGGAGACCUACCUCAGCCACCUGGAGGCCCUGCUGAUACCCAUGAAGCCUCUGAAGGCUGCAGCCACAACUUCCCAGCCGAUGCUGACCAUCCAGCAGAUAGAGACGAUCUUCUUCAACGUGCCUGAGCUCCACGAGAUCCACAAGGACUUCUACGACGCGCUGCUGCCCCGGGUCCAAGACUGGAGCCAGCAGCAGUGUGUGGGCGACCUCUUCCAAAAGCUGGCGAGCCAGCUGGGGGUGUACCGGGCCUUCGUGGACAACUACAAGGUUGCUGUGGAGACGGCAGACAAGUGCUGCCAGGCCAACGCUCAGUUUGCAGAGAUAUCCGAGAACCUCAAAGUGAAAAGCACAAAGGAAUGCAAAGACCAGUCAGCUAAAAACUCGCUGGAAACUCUCCUCUACAAACCCGUGGACAGGGUGACUCGCAGCACUCUGGUUCUCCACGACCUGCUGAAGCACACGCCAUCCAGCCAUCCAGACUACCCGUUGUUACAGGACGCCCUGCGCAUCUCCCAGAACUUUUUGUCCAGCAUUAAUGAAGAGAUCACCCCACGCAGGCAGUCCAUGACUGUUAAAAAGGGAGAGAACCGGCAGCUGCUGAGGGAUCGCUUCAUGGUGGAGCUGGUUGAAGGCUCCAGGAAACUGCGUCACGUCUUCCUCUUCACAGACCUGCUGCUCUGCACCAAACUGAAGAAACAGACUGCAGGAAAAGGGCAACAAUAUGACUGCAAAUGGUACAUCCCACUGGCUGACCUGACCUUCCAAACCAUCGAUGACUGUGAGUCCAAUCCCAUCCCUCUGGUCCAGGACGAGGAGAUCGAUGCCAUGAAGAUAAAGAUAUCCCAGAUCAAGAAUGAAAUACAGAGAGAGAAGAGGACGACCAAAGGAGCUAAGGCGAUGGAGCGACUGAAGAAGAAGCUGUCCGAGCAAGAAUCUCUGCUGCUCCUCAUGUCCCCCAACAUGGCGUUCAGAGUGGCCAACAGAAACGGCAAAGGCUUCACUUUUCUGAUCACCUCUGACUACGAGCGAGCCGAGUGGAGGGAGAUCAUUCGCGAGCAGCAGAAGAAGUUCUUUAAGAGCUUCUCUUUGACCUCUCUGGAGCUGCAGAUGCUCACGAACUCAUGCGUCAAACUCCAGACUGUUCACUCUAUUCCGAUGACCAUGAGUAAGGAAGAUGACGAGUCCUCUGGGUUGUACGGCUUCCUGAAUGUCAUCGUCCACUCCGCGUCGGGUCUUAAACAAAGCUUAAAUCUUUACUGCUCACUGGAGGUGGACUCCUACGGCUACUUUGUCAACAAAGCCAAGACACGCGUGUACAGGGACUCCACAGAGCCCAACUGGAAUGAGGAGUUUGAGAUCGAGCUGGAGGGCUCCCAGACUCUGAGGCUGCUGUGCUACGAGAAGUGCUGCCCCAGAAGCAAGCAGAGCAAAGAGGAGGGAGAGAUCACCGAUAGGAUUGUGGCCAAAGGACAAAUAAAGCUGGACCCUCAAACUCUGCAGAAUAAAGAUUGGCAGAGGACAGUCAUUGCCAUGAAUGGGGUCGAGGUGAAGCUGUCCAUGAAGUUCACCAGCAGGGAGUUCAGUUUGAAGCGAAUGCCGUCACGCAAACAGUCGGGCGUCUUUGGGGUGAAAAUCCACGUAGUAACAAAGCGCGAACGCUCCAAAGUCCCGCUGAUCGUUCGCCAGUGUGUGGAGGAGAUCGAGAGGCGUGGGCUGGACGAAGUGGGGAUCUACCGAGUGUCUGGGGUCGCCACUGACAUCCAGGCCUUAAAGGCUGCUUUUGACUCAAACAAUAAGGACGUCUCGGUCAUGAUGAGGGAGAUGGACGUAAACGCCAUUGCUGGAACACUGAAGCUGUACUUCCGUGAGCUGCCGGAGCCUCUCUUCACUGACGAGCUGUAUCCCAACUUUGCUGGAGGCAUCGCGCUCUCUGACAGCGUGGCUAAGGAGAGCUGCAUGCUUAACCUGCUGCUGUCUCUGCCAGAGCCAAAUCUGGUGACUUUUCUCUUUCUGCUAGACCACUUAAAAAGGGUGACUGAAAAUGAGAGCGUCAACAAGAUGUCUUUGCACAACCUGGCCACUGUUUUUGGUCCCACUUUGCUUCGACCAUCCGAGAAAGACAGCAAGACCCCAUCCAGCUCCCAGCCCCUCUCCAUGAAUGACAGCUGGUCUCUGGAGGUUAUGGCCCAGGUUCAAGUCCUUCUCUACUUCCUUCAGCUGGAGAGCAUUCCAGCCCCUGACAGCAAGCGGCAAAGCCUCCUCUUCUCAACGGAAGUAUGACAAGAACAAGAAGGACCUGCCCCAUAACGACCUGCUCUUAGGGAGAAUGCUCUUGAGCAGCCAAGCCCCUUCCCUCUGUUAGCCACCAGGAGGCGCCGUCACCCUCUGUGAAAACUGGAAGCAGCCACCGUGAUCAAAGCCAUUUAUUUCUAUGGGAUCUUAGCAUGUGGUCUGUUGAUGUCAACCUGCUGUGUCAGUAAAAGACUUCCCUUGAGAUCUGUAGAUGAACUAUAUCAUUCCGUUUUUCGUUUAAUUUAAAUCUGAAGAAAGCAAUAUUUCCUGUGCUUUGUUGUUCUGAUGCCCUGUUCUGUCUGUGUGCACAUUAUCUCCACAUUCACACUGGAGUUAUUUUUGCUGUUUCUCUUUUUAUAAGCUUACUUUCUGACUGUGGAUGGUUGGAUGAAGAGACAUAUUGUUCUUGUGUGUAGUAUAUAUACAUAUAUAUCUUCCCUACACCCCCCCCCCCCUCCAAAAAAAGCUGUUUUAAAUUCACCUGUGCCAAUGUUCCCAUGCUGAUGACCAGUCGAGCUUUUCUGUUCUCCUCAUGUUUACACCGUCUAAAUUUUGCACAGCGUCUAAAGGUGUAGUCGGCACACCACAACAUGCAGGCAUGUUGAGUAAAGCGGUCGCUGUUUUGUUUUCUGUGAGCUUGCUACGUUCCUAGGUGUGUUUUGUGGCGCUCAGAUGGACUCCAGGGCGGAUAUGAGUGUUAUUUUAAAUUUUUUUUUUACCGGUGCAGAGAGGUGAAAGGAAAAUCAUUCCAGGAAAACAACCCAAACUCUCCUAACGUAGAAUGUAUACCAUGCUGUGUGUAACCUCAAUCACCAAGCCAUCUCUUUGUCCGCGCUUGAUAACCGUUCAGCUUUUCUUUUCUUUUUUUUUUUUUUUAGAUUGUGUCUGCAAAAUGUAUUCAGCUGGACUUUUUUAUGUUGCUUUCUGCGUUCCUUUCUUGUAGUCUGCCACCGCUGUAGAAAUAAGAGCAUUAUCUGAAAACACUAAAUAUUUAUAUGUAGGACAAUCAAAGAGCAGCAGUUCACGCAUACCUAACCGCCCCAGCCGUUCUUUCAGAGAACUGGGAGAACUGCAUACACCGUGUGCUUGCAGUUAUUUUUAGUUUUUAUUUUUUUUCAGUUCUCUACAGUCACACACAAACUGUAACCUUAAAAGCUUUUCAUUCAUGUUAAAUAAGCAAUAAUUCCUAGAUAUGCUUAGGAUUGCCGCUGUAACAUAUGUUUGAUUUAUGUAAAUAAAAGUUUCAAAACAA